UCUUUGAUGUUGGGAGUCCUCGCCUUGUUUCGAGCUCAAAUGCACUAUUUGUUGCUGCCGAGCAACAUUACUUUCAACUUGCAGGGCCGCUCCACAGCAGAGCAACUUUUGUUUUGUUUUAUACUUUGGCCGUAUCUGAGCGCAACAAUUUAGGGAGGUUUAGGUUAAUAGGAAGUUUCAUUUAUUUUUUCAAAGGAGCACUCCGCUGAUUAGGGUCAUUUUCAAAGCAACAUGCCUCAGCUCAGUAGUGGCGGAGGAGAUGAUCAAGGAGCAAACGAUGAAAUGAUAUCCUUCAAGGAUGAAGGCGAACAAGAUGAGAAAAUUCAAGAAAACGCUUUCACAGAAAGGGACUUAGCUGACCUCAAGUCGUCUCUGGUGAAUGAAUCGGAGACAAAUCAAAGUUCGAGCGCAGCGGCGGUCAGACGAGGUCAGCAAAACGAACAUAGAGGUUAUCAAGAGAAACACCGGGAGCAUCUCGACAGCGUGUCCAAACAUCAAGAUGGAGGAAUGUAUAAAACAGCGUAUCCAGGGUACCCGUUUCUCAUGCUGCCUGACCCAUACAUCCCCAACGGAUCAGUGUCACCAUCUUCCAACAAAGUUUCAGUGGUCCAACAGUCUCACGGGAUGCACCCCCUGACGUCCCUCCUGCCCUACAGCAACGACCACUUCAACCCCAGCCCCCCCCACCUGCCCACAGACAUGAGUCAGAAAGGCAUUCACAGGCCCCAGUCCCAGGACAUCUCAGGCUUCUACUCCCUACCCCCUGGCGGUGUAGGACAGAUGCCCCCCUCCAUGGGCUGUGGCACGCCCUGACCCGGGAGGAGCAGGCCAAGUACUAUGAGCUGGCCAGGAAGGAGCGGCAGCUACACAUGCAACUCUACCCCAGCUGGUCCGCCAGAGACAACUACGAUGCAGGCCUUAGAGGGUGCGCGGGGGAAAAGAGUAAAGCUGAUUGGGGCAAGAAGAAGAGAAGAAAAAGGGAGAAGCAGCAGGACUCCUCAGCAGACCCUGGCUCUCCUAAGAAAUGCAGAGCUCGCUUCGGCCUCAACCAACAAACGGACUGGUGCGGUCCCUGCAGGAGGAAAAAGAAGUGCAUUCGAUACCUUCAAGGAGGAUGGUGCACCAGCCCCACUUCUUCCGAUGGAAGCGCUAUAGACUCGCCCCUCUCCCCCGUUGACGGCGUCCCCCCUCAGCACCCCAGCUCCUCUUUGCCUGCUUCCCCCUUGCACCUCCAGCCCAGCAAAAACACACCCCGUAUCCUCUCAAAAUCCAAGACCACAGAACUGUCUUUCAAAGCUUUAACAGAAUCAUCCCAACAGCACGACAAUAUCCAUCAUCAUCAUCAUGACUGUACCCUGCCCAAGUCUCACUAGCCAGCUGCCUCACCUGCCCUGUCCCCUCUCACACUGCCUCCCACCAUUCCAACACACAGACACAACCAACCCAAUCAGGAGCAGACCUGGAAUGGGAAGCAACACACUGGAGACCUUCACCACAAAUAUCCCAAAACAACAAGGGAGCCAACGAGUCUGGGAGAGGAUCAAGGAUGACAUUCACAUCAAUAUGACUGACUGACAACCUGACUGAUUUAUUAAGUGCUCAUGUCAUUUUCACAUUGCUGUACUGAAGGCAGUACUGUAUGUACAGGGAUGAUUGCUUCUAUUCAAACUGCCUCAAGUCAAAUUGAUUCCUUUUCCAAAGAUUUUUACAGAGUACUGUGCUCCUCCUUUUCUUAAGACUUACAUUCAGAUGUGUCAAAGGAACCUUUUCCAACAUAUAGUAUUUAUAUUGAUUAACAAUGUGAUAUAAGGUUCAAACUAUAAGGUAGAAAUUAUAUAUUUUUUUCGCUGAGUAAACAUGUUAUUGUCUCCCCUUGGAGAGAAUCAUCUCUAUGUUAUAUUCAUUUGUUUUAGGCACUUCCUGCUUGUCAGUUAAAUUCUUGAUACAUUAUUUUGAUGUAGGUUUCUCACACAGAAUUAAGACAUUCUUGGUGUUUGUUCAUAUGGAUGCACACAGUUUGGAAGAUGAAUUUGUUUGCUGGUGUCAAAAAGCCUCCAUUAUAUAACAAAAAAACAAGGCAACAGUAAACAUGUCAUCCCCCACGAACGAAUCAGUGCCCCCACAGUUAGUGACAACAAUUAGAACGUAUUUUCUGUGUAUUCAUUAUUUUUUUUUUAAGUAAUAAUUAUCCUUCGCUGUAUGUAAUGGACCGAGCUUAUAGGUUCUAAUGGGAAACGUGUUUCUCAUAAGGAGAUGCAUAUAUGUAAAAAAUUUAAUGUUAAAAAGUAAUGACUGUGGCUCAAACGGGACAGGACAUAUGCUUGUUUAAAGUUUGGAAAUUUAGUUGAUUACUAUAGUGGCCCCCUUGGGCCAAUCUGUGUCAUUUUGUAAAAGCCAGAUCUCUAUGGACAGAAGCAUCAUUCACCCAAGUUCUGUAAAAAUCGAGCCAGUGGUGUCAGAUAUCACGGGACUAACGUAAGGAUGUAGACAACGCCAGAUAGAUUUCAUCAAGGGGAACAAUACAUUCAGCAGUCUCUGGCCUGCCUCGCACUGAAUGAGCGUUCUGCUAUUCUGUAAACUAAAGACCAAAUGGGUCCCAUAUUUCAUCGUGUUGUAAAGUUUUAUAAAUGUUGAAUUCCCUCUAUAAAUAAACUUUUAUAUGUUAUGUAAAGGGUUUUACAAAGUUCUGUUUAGUCUCUCAACCAUUUCUGAAGCAAUACAUGUUUUUUUUUAACGUUUUCCUACUCAGAGAAAACGCAUUUUGUGGGUAAGUUUUGCAUUAGCUUUGCCUUUCAUUGAAGUUACCACAGAUGUCAUUUUCAGUGUGUGCAUGUUCCACCUAAGUGUACCAAAAAUACAUGUGAAAAAACAAUGGUUAAUUUACUGCUUGCAAGCAUUUAACUCUGCUUACAUUGGAGAUACUAUAGGCUGAUAGUCCAUCAGAAGAUGCUAAAGCUACAACACAGCUUAGAUUUGGGGACAAAAUAGCUCAUAUCAAAAAAUGACCACACGAAAAAGUUGUGUAUUAAACGGUCCACCUUUUGUAUUUUUUUUUACACAUUGAACGACUUCUGCUCUCAAUGUAAUACUCAUUGUUUGUGUAUUAAAGUAUUUUGAAAAUCUGAA